AUGGAUGGAGGAGGAGUUGGUGAGAUAAGGGAAGAGCUUGUUCGUCAACUAAGCGAUCGUUUCUUCAUAGCGGUGUUGGUCGACAUUUUCACAAGAUACUGCAGACGCAAAGCUGGCUUGGACGAUAAAGAUCAGGGAGCGAAGGCGAAGACCGGACACGUGGCGUUCUAUUGGGCAGCGGAGUUUAACCUCUUAGCGCAUCUCUGUUUUGUGGCGGUGAUGAUCGAAAUCCUUCUAGUUCCGGUGGUGGUUGCACGGAUGCGAAGAAUACAACCAGAGUCCGACACGAAGCUGGUCCUCGACACGAUGUCGCUUCUUGAGCUCAUCGCCGACGAUUCCAACGUCUCUCUUUCUGCUUUUCUUUUUUUUGGAUUUUAG